GCUCCUACAUCUCCUGUGUAUUUUUGCCGGUGUGCAGACUAGUGAGUGUGUGCGAUUGUGUGUGUGUGUGAUUGUUUUUGCGUGUUUGCUUCCUUGCACCAUAGAGGAUUGAUACCCAGCCCUCCCUCCCUCCUAAGGAUGCAUCAGCUGCCAGCGGUGACCUUAGUGCUGGUGGCACUCGGCUCCCUGGGGAGCGUGGAUUCUUCAGCUUAUGACAAGAUAGUCACCCACAGUCGCAUAAGAGCCAGGAAUCAAGGACCCAAUGUGUGUGCUCUGCAGCAGGUCCUGAGCAGCAAGAAGAAGUAUUUCAGCACAUGCAGGAACUGGUACAAAGGCUCCAUCUGUGGCAAGAAGACCAUGGUCGUGUACGAGUGCUGCCCGGGCUACAUGAAGCUGGAGGGCAUGAAAGGCUGCCCUGCAGUGGCUCCCAUUGACCACGUUUACGGCACCCUGGGGCUGAUCAAGGCCACCACCACGCAGCAGUACGCCGACAUCUCCAAGCUGAGGGAGGAGAUCGAAGGCAAGGGCUCCUUCACCAUGUUCGCCCCCAGCAACGAGGCCUGGAAUCAGCUGGAUGCUGAGACGCGGGCUGCGCUGGUGAGCAAUGUGAACAUCGAGCUGUACAACGCGCUGCACUUCCACAUGGUGAACCGCCGCCUGCUCACCAAAGACAUGAAGGACGGCCUGACCGUCAGCUCCAUGUACAAUGAGCAGGGCCUCCACAUCAACCACUACUCAAACGGGAUCGUGACGGUGAACUGUGCGAGGAUCGUCCUCGGGAACCAGGUGGCCACGAACGGCGUGGUCCACGUCAUCGACCGGGUCAUCAGCGCCGUGGGCAACACGAUCAAGAACUACCUGGACGUGAACGAUGAGCUCUCCUCCUUCGCUACUGCAGCACUGGCCUCUGACAUGAUGGACAAACUGGACCAGCCUGGCCACUUUACUCUGUUCGCUCCCACUAAUGAAGCCUUUCUGAAACUGAGCCCAGGAUACUUGGAGCGUAUCAUGAAAGACAAGGCUGUAAUUGCAGCCCUGGUGAACUACCACAUAUUGAACAGUGCUCAGUGCUCAGAAGCCAUCAUGGCCGGCUCGGUUUACGAGACCGCGGAGGGCAGCGCCAUAGAGAUCGGCUGUGACGGCGACAGUCUGACAGUGAACGGCAUCAAGAUGGUGCUGAAGAAGGACAUUGUCGCCACUAACGGCGUCAUCCACCUCAUCGACCAGGUGCUCAUCCCCAACUCAGCCAAGGACGUCAUGGAGCUGAUGGGAGACUCUCAGACCACUUUCAAAGACAUGGUGUCUGAAUUAGGCCUGGCUGCAGCCAUGGGUCCGAAGACAGAGUACACGGUUCUGGCUCCGGUCAACUCCGCCUUCACUUAUGAAGUUAAAUCCAAAGACCAGGACUGGCUGAAACUCAUUUUGGAAAACCACUUCCUGAAGCUGAAAGUCACGCUGAGUGAACUCUACAACGGGCAGCUGCUGGAAACACUCGCCGGGAAUCUGCUCCGAGUCUUCAUUUACCGCACGGCCGUGUGCAUAGAGAACGCCUGCAUGCUCCGCGGCAGUAAAGAGGGAAGCAAUGGAGCGCUGCACAACAUGAAGUCUCUCAUCCAACCGGCGGAGAAGUCCAUCUACCAGAUCCUCAUCGCCGACGGACGCUUCAAGAUUUUCCUCUCGCUGAUGGAGACGGCCGGUCUGACUGAUCUCCUGAAGCAGGAAGGCUCCUACACCAUCUUUGCACCAACCGACGAUGCCUUCGGUGGGCUCAGCCAAGAGGACCUGGCUUUGCUCAGAAGCGACGUGACGGCGCUGAGAACCAUCCUGCUCUACCACUUCAGCAACGGCGUCUUCAUCAACGGAGGAUUGGAGGGAGGAGUCACCAACCUGCUGAAAACCUUCCAGGGCUACAACCUGCAGGUUAUGUCUGUAAACGACUCCAUUCACGUCAACUCUGUGAGCGUCCCUGACGGCGAUCUGAUGGCAACAAACGGAGUGAUCCACGUGGUGAAGAACGUCCUCUAUCCUGCAGACCUCCCCGUGGGCCGCCAGGACCUGCUCGUCCUCCUGAAGAAGCUGAUCAAGUACAUCCAGAUAAAGUUUGUUGCAGGAUUCACUUACACUGAGAUCCCCCUCACUUUCAUAAAGAGGACCUUCGAGACUCGUUUCGAAAGCGGCCCUGAAAUCACAAAGGUGACCAGGGUGAUUAAAGGAGAGCCCUCUGAAACAAAGUUCACCAUUGAGGGAGAAUCCACCCUAACCAAGGUCACCAGGGUCAUCCAGAGCGAGCCCACCCAAAGUAAAGUCACCAGAGUCAUAGAGACAGAUGCUUCACCCGUCCUCACCAAGGUCACCAGGUUCAUUGAGGAAAACCCUACUGUUUCAAAAGUUACAGUUAUUGAGGGGAAACCCUCUUUUACCAAGGUUACAAGAGUAAUUGAAGGUGCCCAGUUUGACGCCGAUGGAAAGGGAAUCACAGGUGGAGGCAGACACACCGCAAGGAUUGAGCCUCAGAUCAUUGAGGGCCCAGACUUCUCUAAGAUCACCACCAUCCAUGGAAACCCAAGUCUGAUCAAUGAGGAAUCGGAGAGAAUUACCAAGAUAAUUCAAGAGGGAGGCAGGUUUGCUGCUGCCAGGAGAGCUCCAGCUGGAAUGAGGAGGAGAGCAAGGCUGGUGAGGCGCCACCACAAACCAAGGGAGUGAACCUGACGGAACCUUCGCUGCAGAGACUCAAUGCAUCUCUGGUGCUCCUGGCUGAGUGCUGGAUCAUUGGCAGGUUGUGGACUAAAAGUCAGGCGUUAAAUGAAUCCAGACGCUUCUUUGUUCCGACCACCAGGUUUUGCUGUUCCAUCUGGACCAUACUGUAUGUGAUAGGCAUGGCAGUGCAUCAACAUUAGUUAGUGUGCAAGAGAAUAUGACUUUUAACUGUGUAGAUUGUGUGUGAGGUUAGAUAUAUUCUACCACUGAGAUUUUUUAAUGUUUUGCUUUGUUGCUUUAUAAAAUGUGUAUUUUUAGACCGAUGGCUUGGGAAAACGUUUAUAUCCUCUCAUGGUGCUCGCUGGAUGCAUUUCAAUGUGUACGACAAAUGCAACAGCGUCAAACAGUGUUUUGCUACCAACCUCUAAAAAGUUUCACAAGAUAAUUAAAGACGGUGAAUUUUUA